AUGAAACAAAAUUUAACUUUUGAAGAAGAUAAUUACAAUUACUUAGAUAAAAACUCCUAUCAAUAACAUGUAUAAGAAAUUAAUCGUUUAACUUAAAUGAUUAAUUCAAAUAUGUUUUUAGAUAAAGCUGAACUUUAUUAUAAGAAAGGAAUGAAUUUAUUUGUUAUAAAAAAUCAUGAGGAAGCAGUAUAAUCUUUUAAUAAAGCAACUAAUAUUGAUAAGAAUCAUGCUGAGGCUUAUUUUCAAAAAGGAUAAAUCUUUCGUACCUUCUUAAAAGAUCCUAAAGCAGCUGUAAAUGAGCUAGACGAGGCUAUUAGAAUAAAUCCUAAAUAUGUAGAAGCAUAUAAUUGUAGAGGCUAUGCACUUAUGGAUUUGCAUAAGUAUGAAGAUGCAGCAGAGUCUUUUGAUAAAAUUAUAAGAAUUAAUUAGGAAAAUAAUCGAAUAUGCCCAUAUUCAAUCCUAGAACAACUCUAUUUUUGUGAUGGUUAUCAAGGAAAAGCAUCAGCAUUAUAAGAAUUAGGAAGAUGGGAAGAAGUUUUGGAAAUUUAUAACCACUUAAUAAAGCAAAAACCAAAUUAUGAACAUCAUCAUCAUGACAAAGCAAAAGCUUUACUUUUUCUUAACAGAAUAGAAGAAGCAUUAGAUUCUAUAAAUAAAGCUCUAAUAAUUUAACCAGAUAAUCCUUUAUUUUUAUUCACAAAAGGUUAAGCUGUUGCAUUAUCUAGAAAUAGAAAAGCAACAGAAGAGUUUUUUAAUUAGAGUUUAUAAUAAAAAUCUAAAUUUUUUGAUAGUGCUUCCACUUACUUGGAGUAUGGAUUGGCUAUGGAUAUUUUAGGGGAUAAAGUAGAAGCAAUUAGAAACUUUGAUCUUGCAAUACAAGAUUCACCUGAUUAUUAUCAAGCUUAUUAUAGAAAAGGAUUAAUACUUAUUUCUUUAGGGGAGAAGAUGAAAGCAUUGGAUUGUUUUAAUAAAGCUAUAAAAAUAAACCCUGAUUAUAUAGAAGCCUAUAAUGCCAAAGGUUUGAUGUUAUCCGAAUUAGGACAAAAUUGGGAAGCCAUAAAAUGCUAUAAUAAAGUGAUUAAAAUGAAUCCUAAUGAUGCACAUGCUUAUAAUAAUAAGGGAUGGUUCUUAUCUUAAGAAGGAGAUUAUGAAUCUGGUCUUGAGUGUAUAAAUCAUUCUUUAGAGAUAAAUCCGAAAAUUGCACAUACUCAUCAUAGCAAAGGAUUUGCAUUGUCAGCUUUAGGUAGAUAAAAAGAAGCUAUAGAAUGUUAUAAUAAAGCAAUAGAACUUGAUAAUUAACUAAUAUGUGCUCACAGCGAUAAAGGAAUGUCUUAUCUUUUGCUAAAAGAAUACUCUCUUGCAAUAGAAUGUUUUGAUAAAGCUCUUAGUUUUGAUGCUAAUUACACUUAAGCCUAAAAGGGAAAAAUUCAAGCAGAAAAAUUAUUAUUUUGAAC